AUGGUUUGGGAGAAACCAGAGAUUCAGCAUUUAAUCUCUUUAUGGAGGGAAAAAUCUGUCCUUUGGGAUGCUAAUCAUAAAGAACAUCACAGAAAUGACGCUAGAUCAGUUGCUCGGAGGCAAAUUGCCGUAGCAGUCGGUAAACCAAUCAAUGAGAUUGUGAAGAAAUUGCACAGUUUACGCUCACAAUACGGCCGUGAACAGGCUAAAAUUGCAGUUAGCGUUAAAUCUAGUUCUGCUGAAAAUGAUGUUUAUACGCCAAAGUGGCCAUUUUAUGAAGAAUUAUCUUUCUUGCGGGAGAAGAAGCAGUCAAUACCUAACUCUGAAUUACAGCAAUUGCAAAAUAAUUCAGGUCGCGGUGAAAUUACUCGAUUAAAUGAGAGUUCUGCCGAUACUGAUGCUGUUGAAUACGUACAGCUCGAAGCUGGCUGUAAACGAAAAGCAAAUGCCGAAGAAUUAAUCGUGUCUGCUAUGACUAUACUAGACAAGGCUAGAGUAAAUAUGGACUGCCAAAAUGGUUACCUCCUAUAUGGAAAAGACGAAACGGAUGCGUUCUGUGUUUUAGUGUCUAAAAUGCUUCGAAGAAUUAAGGAUGCUCAAAAAUUAGAUCGAUGCAAAUUGGAUUUAUUGCAACGUAUUAUAGCUCACUUGUAUUAA